AUGGGGAAGGGCGGGAACAAGUUCCGGCAGGAGGCCGUGGCCCAGAGAGUGAAGCAGCGGGGGAGCUUCACGAAUGCCGAGCUCAAGAAGAACAUGCAGGUCUACCUGGAGACCGGGAAGCACCCCGCUGUCGAGGAGUACUCGAGGAAGGUCCAGGACGAUAAAUACGGCGUGCCGGCGCUGCCCCUGCGCGAACCGACCAGGCAGCACGUCUACAUGGACCUGGCGUACAACUCGAAACCGCUCGACCGCCUGGUCUUCGAGCUCUUCGACGACUACGCCCCCAAAGCCGCCUUGUACGUGCGCGGCCGCCUCGGCCCAGGAGCCUCCAGGGCCAUCCGCGACACCGACGCCACGAAGCUGCUCCCAGGCUUUGCAGUGUACUUUGGCGCACCGAAGACGGGCGUUCGCAACGACGUGGAGCGUUGCCGGCAGCUCCGGAGCACGCAGGAGGGUCUGCUUCUCGCCCAGCGCACGGGCGACCACCUCGCGAUCAGUCUGACCCGCAGCCUGCCGCUCGACGAGGAGUACCAGGUGGCGGGGCGCGUCCACAAGGGCGGGAACGCGAUCAAGCUGCUGCAGAAGCUGUCGUCGCGACCGCCGGACGAUCGGCCGGAGGGCAGCGUGCGCGUGGUGGCGUGCGGCGCGUGCGACGCGGAGGGGGUGAAGGAGGAGUUGGGGGUUGGGAAGGGGGGUGUGCAGGCGGCUGGGAAGGCGCUGGAGGCGGCGGCGGGGCGGCAGCGGGAGACGGUGGCGUCGGCGGUCGCGCACGGCUUGGCGGCGGCGGCGAAGAAGGGCACGGGGGGGGGGAGUGUGGCGGGACAGAAGCGGGCAGCGGAGGGGGGUGUGGGGGGCGCGGCGGCGAAGAAGGGCCGUGGCAUGCUGGACGCGGUGCUCGGGGGCGACAGCGGGAGCGGUAGCGAGAGCAGCAGCGACGACGACAGCUGA